AUGGUCAGGCAAAAUUCAAGUGACCAGUAUUCGACAUGGGUUGGUCUUAUAUACGUUUUUAAUUUAAUUGUUGGCACUGGAGCUUUAACAUUACCUGCCGUUUUUAGUCGAGCAGGAUGGGCUCUUGGAUUAAGCGUUAUUUUAAUUUUAGCAUUCAUAAGUUUUAUUACAGUAACAUUUGUGAUUGAGGUAAUGGCAUCUGCCAAUGCUAUAAUGGCUUGGCGGUAUAUUCAGCAUCGAAAACGUGUAUGUUUAUCUCAAGAUUCAACUUUCAACGAAUCAGAAUCUGAGGUACUUCAAACAUUUGGUGAACCUGGUCCUUCAAAUUCAGAUUCUGAAGAUACCCCUCUUGUUACACCGUUUUCAAGUAGUCCUGAUCUUACAGACGUGACAUAUCGAUAUUAUGUAAUACGUGAUAAAAUAGAAAUGGGACAAAUGGCAUCACUUUUUUUUAAUAAGUUUGGUGCAACUCUAUUUUAUUUAUGUUUUGCUAUAUAUCUUUAUGGAGAUCUAAGCAUUUAUGGAGCAGCUGUUGCAAAAACAUUAGCUGAUGUUGCCUGUACUUAUCAACCAGCCAAUUACACAUGUAAUGAUACAAUACCAGAUACUGAAACUUGCUGGGAAAAAUUUGCUCUAAAUCGAUUAGAUGCAUACAGACUAUUUCUUACAACAUUUGUGUUCUUACUGGGACCUUUUGUAUUUUUUAAUAUACAAAAGACUAAAUACCUUCAACUUCUAACUUCAGCAAUGCGAUGGCUUGCAUUUACUAUUAUGAUUGUGUAUGCUUUAAAAAAUCUAUUCAUUCAUGGUGCACAAGGAAAACCACCUGCAGCAAAUAUUAUAGGUAUUCCCACUUUAUUUGGAGCUUGUAUUUAUUCUUUUAUGUGUCAUCAUUCUUUACCUGCAUUGGUUGCUCCAAUUGCAAAUAAGUCUACUUUGACUCGAUCCUUGGCAUUGGAUUAUAUCUUAAUAGCAUCUUUUUACCUCUUAUUGGCACUAACAGGAGCAUUUGCAUUUCAACAUUUAGAUGACCUUUACACUCUAGAUUUUAGCCCACGCGGAUCUGGAGAUUGUUCCAAAACAAGAAGUAUUGCAACAAAUGGUUUUUAUGCAUCACAUUGUAUUUCUACAAUAGUAAAACAUCCAAACAUGAAGGUUCAUAUAUUACCAGCUCUUCAAGAUAAUUACAUGUAUCUUAUUAUUGACGAAGCAUCACAGGAAGCUGCUGUUGUUGAUCCUGUUGAUCCUGAUAGUGUUGCAUCUGCUGUUCAACAAAAUAAUGUGCAUUUAACAAAAGUUUUAACUACUCAUCACCAUUGGGAUCAUGCUGGAGGAAAUGGAAAAUUGUGUAAGAAAUUUAACAAUCUUGAAGUGUAUGGUGGUGAUGAUAGAAUAGAGGCACUUACAUGUAAAGUAAAACAUGAUGACACUUUCAACAUCGGGAGUUUACAAGUGCGAUGCCUUUCAACACCAUGUCACACUAGUGGACACAUCUGUUACUAUGUUACAGGAGAUCAAGAUCCACCAGCAGUUUUUACUGGAGAUACACUUUUUGCUGGUGGCUGCGGUAGAUUUUUUGAAGGUACAGCAGAGCAAAUGUACAAAGCACUUAUAGAAAUUUUGGGGUCACUACCUAAUGAAACUAAAGUAUAUUGUGGUCAUGAGUACACAGGAAAUAAUUUGAAGUUUGGGAAAUACGUCGAGCCAGAAAACGAAGCUAUUCGUCAAAAGAUAGAAUGGGUUCGUAUACAACAUGAAAAGAAUAAUCCUACUGUGCCCAGUACUAUUCAAGAAGAAAAAUUGACAAAUCCGUUUAUGCGAGUUCAUGAACAAUCUGUUAUGGAUCACACUGAACAAAAAGAUCCAAUACAAACUAUGGCAUUUCUUAGAAGGGAGAAGGAUAACUUUAAAGCAUAAAUGUAUUAUUGUUAUAGAUAAGUCAGUAAUGACUAUUCUAUAAUUCUUUUAA